AUGCCAGAAGAGACAAGUGUGCUGAAUUUAUAUCCGCCGGAAGAUGUACAUGAAACUCCAUUGACUAUAAAAAACUUUUUAGUACCAUAUUUGUAUGAUUUGAAGCUAAGCAUUGAUCACUUGAAGCCGAACUUCAAGGGUGAGGUUGUAAUCCAUUUGAUUGAAAAUGAAAGAUACAGAGGUCAGAAACCUAAGAAAUUUGACUUUUACCUUCAUGCGUUAAACAUUGUUGUGACGAAAGCAUCAGUGAUUUCAGGAGAAAAUGAAUCUUCUUUGAAAGUGAGCUACUUGAAACAAAAGAACCAAAUUCAAUUGACAACAACUGAUGAAUAUAAUGUAUCCAACAAUAGUAUUAAAAUCUGCCUCUGUUACAUGGGGCAGCUUAAAACUAUUAAGACAUAUAGUGAUCCUACUUAUGGAUUGUUCAAGACAAAUUAUUUGGAUAAUAUAUCGGGCAGAUCUGACAAUUAUGUUUUAGCAACACAUACGCAACCAGCUUUUUCAAAGAUGUUGUUUCCGUUAAUUGACGAAUUAUAUUUGAAGGUACCGAUUAAGUUGUCUAUUGAAACUCUCACUAAGUUUAAAGUAGUAUCAGUCAGCCCAUUGUGCGUAGAACCAGAGCAGAUACCUCUCACAGAGAGAUCAUAUUUCAAGUUUGAAACGACACCUCCUAUAGCCCCAUCCGUAUUCGGGUUCGCUAUUGGGGAUUUUGAGUACCUUGAAAAUAGUGAUCUACUGGUGCCAGUAAGGGUUUACACUGCAAUAGGUGAGAGUAGCAAAGCUAGAGUUGCUUUAAAUUCCACUGUCAAAUACUUACCUUUAUUGGAGGGGCUUUUAGACAGGAAAUACCCCUUGAAGAAAUUGGAUUUUAUAUCCUUACCAUUUCUUAGUGAUGGUGCAAUGGAAAACUGGGGCCUAAUUACCGUACUUUCUGGUCAUCUUUUGGUGGAUGAAUUCAAGAGCGAAGACGGCGUCAAACGUGACGUUAAACAACUCGUUGCACAUGAAUUAGUACAUCAGUGGAUCGGAAAUUUAGUAACGUUUGAUUCUUGGAGCUCCCUAUGGUUUAACGAAUCUUUUGCGACGUUCUUAGGUAAUUUGGUCGUUUCAAUUUCAGAGAACACUUUUGGUUGUGGCUACGAAAUCGAUUGGAUUGGCGAAUAUGAAAAACUAAUGGAUAGAGAUGUCUUUGAUGCGAAUGAUGAGCCGAAAAUUUUACCAAUUGCCGAUUAUAUGAAACGUAUCGAAGGUGGAGAGAAAACAACUACAUCUGUCAUUUUCGAUAAUGAUGCCUACCAAAAGGGCUUAAUUCUUUUGAGAAUGAUAGGUUACGUGAUGCAAAAUGAAAAAUUAGAUUCACAAACUUUACAGAUCGACAACUUUUCUGUAAUGCUCACAGGUUUUCUGAAUAUUAUUAAGAAAUUUGAAUAUAAAACUAUUAAACUAUUUGAGGUUUGGAAUCACUUAGACACCCUCACCUCAUUUGAUUUAAAUGCUUUCAUUUACUCGUGGUUGAGUUAUGCUGGGUAUCCAUUGUUGUUUUUAAGUCAAGUGAAUGGAUCUUUAGUUAUCAAGCAAAAGAGGUAUUGCAUAGGUUCAAACAGCAACAUUACUGCUGCCACAAAUGUCUACCAUGUUCCUUUGCUUCUUAGAGUUCAUGAUAGAAAAGAAAAUAAAGUCGUUAACAAGAUUUUAGAUCAAGAAGAACUUUCUCUUGAACUUCCAUUGAAGGAUUUCGUUACUGCAAACUGUAACAAGGGAGGCUACUAUAGGGUGAUAUUAUCAUCAGAUAUAAUUAAGCAAGUCGUCAAGGAAAUCCCUCUUAACUUAUUAUCUACUGCAGACUUGAUUUCAAUCUUGAAUGACCUUGGAAAGCUUUUAGAAACUGAUGUAUCAUCAUCUGAAAUGCUAGUAUCAUUUAUCUGUAUUGUUAAUUCCCUUUCGAAUGAACAAUGGAUCACGGAUUAUAAAGUAUUGUGCGUGGCAUUGAGUUAUUUAGAUAAGAUUACGGUAAUAUUACGUCAUUUCAGUGAUUUUGUUACCUACAAGAAAUGGUUAGAUGGAUUUGUUAAGAGAAUAUUCAACAAAGUAUCCAAAUGGAACACUUUGGGUGAACUAUCAUCUGAUUAUAAUAGAGACGAAAUGAACGCCCGAAAUGCAAUUUUGCAAUUGGGCAUUGGGAAUGAAGAGAUCCUGGUACUUACGAGAAAGUUGUUUAAAAAUUUCAUUAGUUCUGGAAUAUCCAAGACUUUUACUCCAAUGGAGUUAUUACCGUCUAUUUUCAACUCAUUUCUUCAUACUUCAAACCAGAAAGAUUAUAAAAAAGUGCUUGAACUUGUGAGAAAUUCCAACACAUCUGUUUUAGGUCAUACUAAUGCUAAAAGUGAUGAAAUUCAAACAGUAGCUUUAUCAUCAUUAACUUUUACAACGAAAGAUGACUUAUUAUCUAAGACAUUGAACUUUAUAAGUAGUAACAUUGAUUCAAGAUGCAUUGAACUUGGUCUAAUUGGUUAUCAGUACAACUCAUCUAAAGAUCAGAUUUUGUCAUUAUUUAAGUGGUAUCUGUUGCACUAUGAUCAAUGGGUUUUGAAGUCGCUAAGACAAGGAUCUGAGUACUCCAAGCAAUUAUCAGUCACUGUAAGAAAUAUUUCAGAGAUUAUCUUGGGUGAGCUAAUGCAACACGACGCUACGCUUUUGGAACUAAAGAAUGACUUCGUGGCGGAAAAAUUAAAAAAAUUGCCAGAACAUGGGCUAAAAUUGUUGAUAGAUAAUUUACAGAAAAAAAAUGUUCAUAAUAUUACUUUAGGUAAAUUUUACGAAACAUUAACGAAAAAUCUACCAACCGAAUAA